AAAAUAGUUACUGAAUUUCUUAAACUCAAAUUACCCAUUUUUAGGUAAGUAUUUUCGGUAUCUGAAUUCAACAACAUCCCUUGAAAAUUAAAAAAAAAAAACAAAAACAAAACAAAAAGGUACAUUACCAAAAGAUCUCCUCUCCUUCCUUAAGGGGAAUCCUAUCUGAAAAACCAAACAAAAACAGGAAGACAAUGGCUUUCAACGCAAUGGAAAUGGAAGCGGCAUUGUAUCCGCAACCGGACCACAGGCGCAGCAUUUAUGCCACUGUCUGCGCAAUCUUGGCCUCCAUGUCUUCCAUCCUUGUCGGCUACAAUAUUGGAGUGAUGAGUGGGGCAGCUACCUUCAUACAAGAAGACAUGAAAAUAUCGAACGUUCAGCUAGAAAUCCUGAUGGGAAUUCUGAGCAUUUACUCUCUCUUGGGCUCUGCAGUGACGGGCAGAACCUCGGAUUGGAUAGGGAGAAGGUUAACGAUUGUAUUGUCCGGAUGCUUCUUCUUCUCGGGCGGCGUCCUGAUGGGUUUCGCCAAAAACUAUGCCAGCAUGAUGGUCGGUCGCUUCAUCACCGCUAUCGGCGUUGGUUACACCAUUGUUAUCGUUCCCAUCUACACUGCCGAGAUCUCCCCUGCUUCUUCCCGUGGCUUCCUCAGCUCUUUCCCCGAGAUAUUCAUCAACAUCGGUAUUCUGCUCGGGUAUGUAUCAAACUAUAUCUUUGCAAAGCUUCCAGAUCAUCUCGGAUGGAGGUUCAUGCUCGGGAUCGCGGCUAUCCCGGCUGCGUUUUUCGCCAUCGGAGUCUUAGCAAUACCCGAGUCUCCGAGGUGGCUUGUUCUCCAGGGACGACUAGCCGAUGCCAUGAAAGUCCUCGAGAAAACCUCCGACACCAGAGACGAAGCCAUCUCGAGACUCGACGAAAUCAAACGAGCUGUCGGGAUCCCAGAUGAUAUGCACGGUGACAUCAUAGAGGUUCCUAAAAACAAGAGCCAUGGAAAAGGUGUGUGGAAGGAACUCCUCGUCAACCCGACCCCUGCUGUCCGCCAUGUCCUCGUAGCUUGCCUCGGCGUUCACUUCUUCCAACAAGCCUCUGGGAUCGACGCCAUUGUUCUGUACAGCCCAACAAUCUUCUCGAGAGCCGGCAUGAAAUCCAAGCAUGACCAGCUUCUCACCACAGUCUCGGUAGGAGUCGUUAAGACAGUUUUCAUCAUCGUCGGAACAUGCUUCGUCGACCGGUUCGGUCGUCGGGCAUUGCUCCUCGUAAGUAUGGGCGGAAUGUUCUUGUCCUUGGUCACGCUCGGGUCGUGCCUCUCAGUGAUUGAGGAACAACCAUCAAAGCAAGUUGGGUGGGCAAUCAAAUUGAGCGUGACCACCGUGAUGGUGUACGUUGCCACAUUCUCUAUCGGAGCAGGGCCAGUGACAUGGGUGUACUGCGCGGAGAUUUUUCCGGUGAGGCUGAGGGCACAAGGGGCGAGCAUUGGAGUGAUGUUAAACAGAGUGACCAGUGGAAUCGUCUCCAUGAGUUUCCUGUCCCUUUCGCACACCAUCACCACCAGUGGCACAUUUCAACUCUUUGCCAUACUAUCCCUCAUGGCAUGGUUCUUCUUCUUCACUGUUCUGCCGGAGACACGAGGGAAGCCUCUGGAGGAGAUGGAGACUCUCUUUGGAAGCAUCACCUCCAGAGAGAAGACUAUCGUUGCUGGCAAAGAUAUAGACAGACGGUAAGACAAACAAGAUUUGUUUCAUUUGGUUUCUUUUGUUAGGUUUUAGGGGGACUUCAAAAUAUGUUCAGAAAAGAUUCCAAUACAGGAGUUUAGGCUGGAAUUUCAUCAGGGGCAAAGAUUCAAAAUGGGUUUAAUCAAUAGAAUAUCUACAAAAAAAAAUGGAGCACGAAACUUCAUUUUUAGAUUCUUUUUUCACACACAUAAGUGAUGCAUCGAAUUCCUAUUGCGAAUUAUCUGAAAGAACAGAGAACAUUUUCAUCA